AGGGACCGUAAGUCCAUAAUCUGUCUCUGCGCUUGAACUCCUUAUCCCUGCAGAAACUUCUAGAAGCAUCAUCCACGGGCCGGAAGCCCCAUGGAUGGCGCGGCCUCUACGAAGGCGGCGGCGGCGGAGGAGGAACCCUCCGGCGACGCCGUCGAUCUCGACUCUAGCGUGCCCGCCGCCUCUGCAUUGCCCGAUCCUGGGGGAGACGUGUACGUCGUUUUGUUGGUGAAGGCGUCGCUCAAGCUGCUUGGGAAGGAUCUUCCUCCUCAAGUCCGGCACUAUGGCUUCGAGAUGAUGCAGGGUCCGCCAAUUAACUUUUUGGAUGGUCGUGGUCGAGAGCAUGAUCAACAGGGUAAGUAUAAAGUAACACCGGACUAUCGAGAAGAGGCCGAGCUACUUCGCUGGGAGCAUAAUCUCCUGUCUGAAGCAUUUGUCAGUGUGACGACCUGUCCUGGGUACAAUGGAAAUAACAUCCUUUUACACUCCCAUGUUGUCACAUUAAGUGCACUAAUAAAGUUCAGUACUGCAGAUCAUGAUGCAAAACAUAUUUUAUGCCUUUUGUCUGCUAGGAUUGAAUGUAAGGAGGAGUUGCUUUUGUCUCUACUGAAACCUUUGAACAAAAUUUGGACCCAGCCAGAGUGGAACGAAGAAUACAUGCAUUAUACAUAUCGUCUAACUGGUCUUCUUUGCAAUGAUCAAUUUAGGGAGACAAUAUGUUUGUUGGUAAAGUCAUUUGAGGAGGAGAUCAAAGGAAGCAAAAUUGAACAUUCUACGGGAACACAGGAAAAAUGCCGUCCAACAUCAACUACCAAUUAUCCGUGCUCAUCUACCUUUCCACAACUAAUGCUUGCCCUGCUCUUACGGAUCCUUCAUUUUAUACACAUGGCUUGGAUGGAUCGGUCUGAGUGCUAUGAUCUGCCAGAAAUUAUUUGGAGAGCUAGACUCAUUAGUACCAAUGAGAUAUCCACUUUUCUGAAGGAGAAUAAUACUUUACCUGCCAAUGAUGGAGUUGAUGUUCGUAGGAUGAAUGCUAUUGGAACAUGGUUACGUGAAAUUCGAGAAACUGGGUAUAAUAUCAUAGGCUUGUACGCGUCUGUUGAAAGAUCAAUUUUUGGAUUGGACUGUUCUCUUUCCAUAAAUACUCUUGCAAUGGAUAUAAGCUCCAUGGAAUUUGAUCAUGUGGGGAAACUCAUACAGCUCAGCUUCAUUCCAUUAGUCAGGUGUUGCCCUCGAGGAUGUUGGGACAAAUGGGUGUUGUUGUUGUUGGAAUCUUUAUUUUUCUACUGUAAAGAUAUCUUUGGUUAUGCGUGGCUCAGUCUUAUACACGAGGGACGCGCUGAAGUACCAGCUUACUUUGGCAAUCUUUAUGGACCUGAAGAAAAAGUCAAGAAAUUAGAAGUGGAGCUGCUGCUUAAAUUCACUCGUUCUGUAUCUUAUUUGCUCGGGGUUUUAGCAUCAGAAGAAUUUAAUAGCGGCCUUCCGCAGUUGAAUUGCCCAAAAUCUGACUUGAAAUCCAUAUCUUCCAGCUCCCUUAUGGGGUAUCUUUUACUUCACAAUUGCUUUGGGAGGUUUAGCAUGUACUCCUUGUUUGGGUCUUUGGUGGAUUAUCAAGCAGCUAAGGAAGCACUACCCUUUUGUCAUGCAUUGAUCCGCCUUGCCGUUGCUACUGAUGAUGAGAGACUGAAACAGUUUAUUCUUAAUGAAAUGCUUCCAACUCUUGUCCGGUUUGAUGAUAGGAGUCCCCCAAGUGGAAUCUCAUGGUUAAGAUCGGAGUUAAGUUCAAGCAUAGAAGUGAGUUCUAUGAAGGAUGUUGUUGGCCUUUGUCGGGAAAUAUACGACGUUUACUUGCACAAUCAGGCAAGUUAAGAAUGUAUCACUUUCUUUCUAUUGUAUACUAGUAAUUUUUUGUGAUCUCAAGGGUUCUAGCCAUAUGCCACUAAUGUUACGGAAAU